CGUAGCUGACAAGCGUUCAUGAACUCUCUUGUCAACAUUUGUUACAAAAAACGUCAAUUCAUUGUGUAUUUGCUAGCUAUCGGUUAAUGCCGUUUAAAAAUGUGUGUGACUGACAUCGCUUCCUUCCAACCCCGCCUCGGCCAGAAACAAUGAGGACCACCAGUGAGUUUGAUUCAUCCUCUGAUGAAGAGGAAAUUUGUGAAGAGCAUCUGACACCUUUCCAGAUCUCCUGGUUGCCCUUGUCCAUAGUGGACUGUUCUCUGUUUCUUGGAAUAUGUCCUUUGCCAGGGUGCAAAUUCAAAGAUAUCAGAAGAAAUUUACUGAGAGAUGUUGGGGAGCUGCAGAACCAGGGGGUGCAGGAUGUGUUUGUGUUCUGUACCAGAGGAGAGCUCCAUAAGUACCGUGUGCCUAGCCUGCUGGAGACCUACAGGCAGCAGGGGCUCGUGGUGCACCACCUGCCCUUCCCUGACGGGGGCACCCCUGAUCUGCAGCAGUGCUGCCAGAUACUGGAGGGACUGCAAGCCAACCUACACGACAACCGGAAGACUGUCAUCCAUUGUUAUGGAGGUCUGGGUCGCUCUGGACUAAUUGCUGCCUGUCUGCUGCUUCAACUGUCCGUCUCCAUGACUCCCAACAAAGCCAUCGAGAUCCUAAGAGAGCACAGAGGGGGUGGGGCCAUUCAGACAGUCAAGCAAUACAACUUCCUGCAUGAGUUCCGGGAAAAAUACUCAGCCUACCAAGAAACCAAGGCAGUCUCAACAGAGCGAUCGGUGUCGCGGUGAUACCAUUCCCCUUCAACAUCAACCUAACUCUGUCCUUUUUUAAAUUAAUUGGGAGUAAUAAAGCAUUGAAUAUUAACCGCUCUCAAGAAGAGAUGGUUUGACAUGAUUGUAUGUGUUCUCUUAUAGCACUUAAAAAAAAAAGUUUUUAAAGCCCUAUUGUUCUUAAACUAGAGAUUGUGUUGCCGUGCCUUGAUAUCCGCUUUACAUUAUGAUUAAUGAGUGACUAUGGGUUUGCAAGGACUAUUUGACUCAUACAGUGGCUUCUAAUGACGUGGGACUGUUGUGAGGCGCGAGCUCCACGUUUGUACAGCAUAAUGGUAGAUCAGCUCUGUCCAUUGAGCCAGGAAAUUAAACCAAUCUGGUGCACAUCAGUGUAAUGAAGGUAGGUUUAUUUGGGGUCUAGAUUCAAUCUGUACUGUGGAAAAUCCGCUUUAAAGACUUUGUCCCUCUACCAUGAAUGUGUUCUCAGAAAACAUUUUCCUUGGUGAAAUUAGCUACUCUAGUAUGAACAUGUGGGAAGUGAAGCAACAGCAAUUUACUUCCUGAUGACUUUACCGGUUGGAGAAAAAGUAAAUUACAGAAGACAUUGGGAUAAAUAUUCUUUAUCUUUUUAGAAAGUAGUCAGAUUCCUGCAAAUGGAAAUCAAAUCAAAUCAAGACCUGAUUAGAAAUCCUGAAAUGGUCACAAAAUAGGAGUGUGAAACUUGGCAGAAGACACAUUCUCAAAUAAAUAAAUUGAUAUUUUUUUUGGUAGCCAAAAUUGAAAAACAUUUUUUAAACCAAUGCAAUAAAGUAAAAUCAAAUCUAAACGGGUACAUGAUGGAAUUGGUUUUUGAGUACAUAGCAAGUUCAAUGGUUACAGAUAUGCCUCAGUAGGAACGUUAUGAUCACACAUUUCAGAAAUGUCUACUCUGGAUUGCUGUAGCGUCACAUCAAAAUAGCCUUAUUAGCAACUACAAACAAACGCCCCUUAAAAGCAAGUAUGUAUAACGAGGGGUCACAAAAGUAGAAGUUUUCAGAAAGCAUAGUAAACCUAAACUAAAUGUAUCAAAUAGUUUGAUAUAAGACAACCAUACUGAUUGUCCCAGUCAGUGCAACACAUUUUCCAUCAGGUGAUCAAGAUAAGACUUACACACCUACUUAGGUGAGUUCUACUUUUCAAAUGUGUCUGGGCAAGACAAGUAUUUUCAAUAUCCUACAAUUGAAUAAGCAUGUAAUUAUGACAACCCCAACACAAAAUACAUUUUCACAAGCUUGGCGUAUAAUUCACAUCCUUAAUACAGUAUUUAUUAGAUAAUAAGCAACACAGCUCUGAAUAUAACUGACGGUGUUGAUCACAACAGAAUCUCUUCUAAUUUGUAAACAGUCAAAAGUAGGGAGGGGU